AUGGACACGCAGCUGGUGCUUCCCGGGCAAGUGCGGCUGUCUCCCGAACGUGCUCCCCCUGCGGACAAAGGUUCACGCGAAGGUCAGGAGAGGCUGUCUGGCAUGAGGCUGCCAAUGCCCAGGAUAAGCGAGGAGUCGUUGCAGGAAAGGCUGCGAAGCCUGGAGAUAGAGUGUCAGCAGCUGCGCGACAGCAACUCCCGGCUGGAGCUGGAGAACUCCAGGCUGAAGUUGCAAGUGAGUUCUUCGCAGGCAACUUCGGAGCAACUGGAAUCGCCUAGCCGGCUAAGCGGCUCGAUCUCCGUGGCAGAGACGCACCAUCAAGUCCUGCGAGCGCGCAUGCGAGCGAUGCUGGAGGAGCAAAAGCGGCUGGUAGAUGAACUCCAACGGGAGAUUGCGGAGGAAAUGGGCCAACUUCAGACUCCACCGAGCGCAGAGCACCAGCCGGCUUGGGUCUUGGCCCACUCUAUCCCAGCCUUGGCCGUCGUCGAGACUGCCGGAAAUCUCAUUGCCAACUCGAUCGAGCAACAGUGGCCAUUGCCCGCCCGGAAGCCGGCCGUCAUGCCCAUGAGCAGAAAGGGCGACCGCGGCAGCAGACCUCUCACUGCACACACGUCGGAGGAGAGGCCGUCGGAUGCUCAUUUGUUCUUCGGUGUGUUCAGCUUUGCUCAAAGUGGCACAGCAUUUUAUGGCAAUGUCAAGAGGGAUAAGUCACCGACAAGUCAGAGCUGCAAGCGAUCUCUCGGUUGGGUCCGACUCAGGCCGUCAACUGCAAGCUUCGCCUCCAGCGCCCGCCCGCGGAAAGGCGGAGCUGCCAUGCCGGAAGAGCCGAACGCCCCCAGUGAAGCGCCGUCCGAAGAUGAUGCGCCGCGUUCGCUGGGCUCCCAGAAGAGGGCCCGCUCACGCUGUCAAGAGCACUUCACAAAUUCGCUGAAGCCACAGUCACAGCACCGAACCUGCGAAAGUUCUAAUGCUUUGUGA